CAGCGGUCUGGCAGCGCCAUCUAAAUAACAACAAAAAUACAGAACUAACAGAUAAGAUUGAAAAUUAAACAUUUUUAAAAUGUUUAUGUUUCGAAACUGUGCUGUUCUCCUGGUGAUUGGUUCGAUAUGCUGUUUUAUAUAUGGCAUCAUUAACCUGUACGUAGAUGUAGAGGCGAAUGCCUGUCGCAUGACCUAUAUGUUUGGGCAGCCGAUGUUCUCACGUGUCCGGAUAAAAAACGGCGAGCUGUUUCCCAAUUACAGACUUUUCUACUACUACGAGGGACUAGGGGAUCCGGUGGACCCACUUACGAGACGCAUGACCGGAGCUCCGGUUAUAUUUGUGCCCGGAAAUAGUGGCUCCUACAAACAAGUUAGAUCGUUAGCCUCCGUUGCCCUACGCAAGGCUUUGUCUAACGACGCCGGCAUUCAUUUAGACUACUACACCAUCGACUACGACGAGGAGCUGUCCGCUCUCUAUGGCGGCUACUUGCAUCAUCAGCAGCGUUACCUUAAGUUAUGCAUCCGCACAAUCCUGUCCCUCUAUAAAGGGCGCAGCGAGCAGCCGUCCAUUGUGCUCAUCGGCCACUCAAUGGGUGGUAAGCUGGCGCAGUCUGUACUCACAGACCUAAGCAUUGGGCAGCACAUAAAUACGAUUAUUAGCAUUUCCACGCCCCUGGACCAGCCCGUGGUCAAUUUGGAUGCUCAACUAAACGCUUUUUACGCACAGACAGAUGAUGCCCUCAGCAAGACUCGCACAGCUACUCUACCAACGACUCGGACCAAUGUCUGCAAUAGCUUGCACCAAAAACCGCCAAGUGUCCAAAACAUGGCUCUACGAGAGACAUCGGCAAAGCUGGACAACGUUUUGCUCAUUUCGACGGGUGGGGGUAAUCGCGAUCUCCUCGUGCGUCCAGGCCUGACAGCCUCCAAGUUUAAUGAUCUUCACGCCAUGACCUCAGCGAUACCCCGUGUGAGUCUGAGCUGCGAUCAUCUGUCCGCUGUGUGGUGCUUGCAGUUCGUUCAGUCCAUCAAUAGUUUCCUCUUCAGCAUUGCCCACGUGCGAGCCGAUCGAUCAGUGGUCUUUGGCAUAGAAAAACAACGCAACCUGCAGGCGGCCCUGUCGCACUUUGUGAAGCCCACAACGCGCCCGCAGAACACUAUGAGCUUUUCCGUAGCCAACAACUGGAACGAGGAGCGAAGACUAGUCAUUAAUAAGUACUUCGCCAAUGGUCUAAAGACUUCCUACUUUGAGCUGAUUGGACUGAAGCGCCACAAUCGCUACAAAAACCUGGCCAUUGAGGCGCUGAAUGUGGGCGAGAGCGAUUGGCUAUUCGGCUGCACUGCCCAGGUCCACAACGAGACGGGGGAAACUUACUGCGAAAAGGCUACACCGCUCAUCCAUCUAGUUCAGCGGCUGCCGAACAGAGAGCGAGAGCCGCGAAGCAUUGCCGUACUAAAUCUCCACAACCUGCGCAAUACCUACUUGGAGUGGACACAUGUGCUAGUACGCCUACCAGCGGGCAGCGGCCACCUUGGCUACAAUCUAGACAUCUACGAUCCCCGGGAGCGACACGUGGACAUCCGCCUUCCUCGUUGGUACUCCUUUGCCAGGCAACUAGCCGUCAAUGAAACGCUGCAGGGCACCCUCCACUACAGGCUGCGUAUCAGCGACCUCUUCGAUCCGUACCAGAGUCUGAGGGUGAUAAUUGAGCCCCUGCAGUGCCUCAAUCCACAGUAUCGCGUCACGGCCAGACUAUGUGUUCCUUGGGCGGCAGGCUUUGAACGCUUUCAAACGUUGACUUCUCCAGGCGAAAAGCCUCAGCUUUAUGCGAACGUUCCCACCCUGCUUCCCAGACACUAUAAUACGUCUCUGAAUCCAGUCACAAUAGACUUGUACCUGGACCCCAUCUGUCGCUAUCGCAUCAGCUAUGAGUAUGGCUACUCCUCAGCGCUGUCCCGACUGGUCCUGGAGUUUUACGGCUGGCUACCGGCCCACCUGGCAUGUGUGCUGCUUAUCGUUCUGCGUAAGCAGGUUUCAACCUUCCAAGAAGUAGGCAGCUUCAGGAGCCUAAAGCCCUACACCGGCUACCUGCAGUACACGUCACUAUACGUGGUCACAGCCUGUCGCCUGCUGAAGAAGCUGAUACUGAGUAGCCGCGUGCUGCCCGCUCCGGAGCCCUUGGACUACAGCAUCAACGUGUCAAUUGUGAUCCACUGCGCAGCGAUUGCGCUCUCUUUGGUGGCAGCCCUGGCCACGUGGCUGGCCCUAUCCCUCUACGGGAACGCAUUCUAUCGCUUGGCCCUGCGUCUGACGCGCCAUUCGCAGGCCAGCUCCAACAUACUGAUCUCCAUAAUGACUAAUCUGCCCAUUACGUACGGCAUCCUAACCAUCGCGACGGCCAUAGGUACCUGCAGUGGUGUGGGUCUGCUGCUGGCUUUUGUUUUUUACUUUCUUAUGUUGUCGAAUGCCUAUAAGGAUUACCUGGAGGACUUCCUCUGGCAGAAAGCGGCCAAUUUGGUUCGGGGUACGAUGGGUGAACCGGCUGCUCCAGCAGCAAGAUCUCAGGAAACUAGCGAUAUGCUGUCGGGCAUAGAUAAUAGCCAGUCGGACGAGGACAAGCAACAGCAGCAGGAGGAGGAAGAGGAAGCAGAAAAGAACACGGAACAGAAGGGAAAUGAUCCAGAGCCCUGUGUGGGCCUGCAAAACUUUCCCUUUCACGUAACCCUAUUGUUGAUGCUGCUCAUGCAGCUUCUGCUCAAUGCACCAAGCACAUUGGCCUGGGUCCGAACUCGACGCCAUGGCAUCGACCUGCCCGAUCCGAGUUUGCAGCCCAGCGUCGUGAUCUUGGUAUCCCUAAGUUUAUUGCUGCAGUUUCGGGCGCCCCAGAAAUGCUCUGGCUAUUGGAUGAUUUCCAUUGUUCUGUACGUGCUCUCGGGAAUUGUUCUGUUGUACUGUCAGGCAGCCAUCUACAGGCUGAACUUUGUGUUUGCCGGUGCUUUCGCCUUGCUCUCCGCCCACCAAGGCCUCUGGAUUCUGUGGCGUCGCCUGGCCUGAACAGGUUUAAGCGCGUGUGUUAAUUUGUUAUUUGUUUGUCCAUUAGCUAAUACAGCUAUUAAGUUAGAGCGGCCAAUGGCAAUACCCGCGUCGAAGUGUGCAAUUCAGGCUUACAUAAACACGGCAAACGACCAUUGCAAUUCAAAUUAAGCCGAUAUUGGUCCUAGCGGGAAGUCCAAACUAGUCAAACGCACAUUGCACAUUGUACAUUGCUUUAAAUAAUUGUUUUUUACGCUUGCUGCCGGCGUUUAUGGUAAGCGAUAUCAGGUAUCAGCUGGUAGGCAUGCCAAUUACCAUUUACGUGAAAUGUGUGAAAAUUCCCAUAAACAAGGCCACACUGUACUGCCAUACACGGGUUUUAAUUCAGUUCAGACCAAAAACCAAUAUUUUUAUAUUUUAAUUCCAUCCAAAAUUGUUUAUUUUUUUACUUUCCAUUUCCCAGCCGAUGCUUAAGAUAUUCGCAAAUAAAUGUUAGGCUCAACUAAAUACUCUAGCUCUAGUCUAUAUAUAUGUAUGUACAUAUGUAUAUAUUUUGCCGUUUUUUUUUGUUCAAAACAUUACCCCUUUACCAUGAUG